CACCGCGGCGCGGCGGCGCUCUGGCCGGCCUGUCGCUGUCACCGCCAGGAGGAGGCCGACGCUGCUGCGCUCCUCGAGCCGCCGAGCAGGAAGGAGCCUUCGCCGCCGCCGAACUUUCCCUCAGGGCCCACCAUGCCCGGGGCAGCGGCCCGGGGACUCUGAGCGCCGCUCCCGCCUUCCCCUCGCAGCGCCGCGGCCGGCUAUUGCACUUAAGCAUGAAUAUUGAAGACAAACUUGGAGGAUUAUUUCUUAAAUGUGGUGGCAUAGACCAAAUGCAGUCAUCCAGGGCUAUGGUAGGGAUGGGUGCAGUAUCUGACCAGUCUUCAGUAUCUGGGGAACGGCAAGCAGCAGUGCUUCAAGACCGGACUAUGGCACAUCAAGAAAUUCUUGCAACAGAUGAAGUGUUACAAGAAAGUGAGCUUCGACAGCAAGAGAUGAUUUCACAUGAUGAACUCAUGGUCCAUGAGGAGACGGUAAAAAAUGAUGAUGAGCUGGAGGCUCAAGAUAGACUUCCUCAAGGGCUACAGUAUGCGGUCAAUGUUCCUAUCAGUGUAAAGCAAGAAAUUACUUUUACUGAUGCAUCUGAACAACAGAAGAGAGACAAAAAACAAAUACGAGAGCCAGUAGAUUUGCAGAAAAAGAAGAAAAGGAAACAGCGUUCACCAGCAAAGAUCCUUACAAUAAAUGAGGAUGGAUCACUUGGUCUGAAAACCCCCAAAUCUCAUGUUUGUGAGCAUUGCAAUGCUGCCUUUAGAACCAACUACCAUUUACAGAGACAUGUCUUCAUUCAUACAGGUGAAAAACCAUUUCAGUGCAGUCAAUGCGACAUGCGUUUCAUACAGAAGUACCUGCUACAGAGACAUGAGAAGAUUCAUACUGGUGAAAAACCAUUUCGCUGUGAUGAAUGUGGUAUGAGGUUCAUACAGAAGUAUCAUAUGGAAAGGCACAAGAGAACUCAUAGUGGGGAGAAGCCUUACCAGUGUGAAUAUUGUUUGCAGUACUUUUCCAGGACUGACCGUGUGCUGAAACAUAAACGUAUGUGCCAUGAGAGCCGUGACAAGAAACCUAAUAGAAGUGCCACCAAAGUUGGCCUUUUGACAUCUGAGGAAGAUCCUGGCUUCUCUACACCGAUGAAAGACAGCUCCUUGCCAAAGAAGAAAAGGCAGAAAACAGAGAAAGCAAAGUCUGUGGACAAGGAAAUUGGAGAUAAAUCAGAACAGAAGAAGGAUAAAAAUGACUACUUGCCUUUGUACUCUGCCAGUGCUAAAGUAAAGGAUGAAUAUAUGGUGGCAGAAUAUGCUGUUGAGAUGCCACAUUCUUCUGUCAGUGGGUCACAUUUAGAAGAUGCAAAUUCUGGAGAAAUACACCCACCUAAACUGGUUCUCAAAAAAGUUACUAGUAAGAGAAGUCUAAAACAGCCACUUGAGCAAAGUCAGACCAUUUCACCUUUAUCUACAUAUGAAGAGAACAAGGUUUCAAAGUAUGCCUUUGAUCUUGUGGAUAAACAAGGUUUAUUGGACGCAGAUGGUAAUGCUGACAUUGACCAAGUUGAUACUUUACAGGAAGGACCCAGUAAACCUGUACACAGCAGCACUAAUUAUGAUGACGCAAUGCAGUUUUUAAAGAAAAAGAGGUAUCUGCAAGCGGCUAGUAAUAAUAGUAGAGAAUAUGCCCUGAAUGUAGGUACUAUAGCAUCUCAACCUUCAGUAACACAGGCAGCUGUAGCAAGUGUCAUUGAUGAAAGUACCACAGCAUCCAUAUUAGAUUCACAGGCACUGAAUGUGGAAAUUAAAAGUAACCAUGACAAAAAUGUCAUCCCAGAUGAGGUGCUUCAAACCCUACUAGAUCAUUAUUCCCACAAGGCUAAUGGACAACAUGAAAUAUCUUUCAAUGUGACGGAUACUGAGGUGACCUCCAGUAUAUCAAUCAAUUCUUCUGAAGUAUCUGAGGUCACCCAGUCUGAAACUGUUGGAACAAGCUCUCAAGCUUCCUCAUCAGAUAAAGCCAGUAUGUUACAAGAAUAUUCAAAGUUUCUACAACAAGCGUUGGACAGAACUAGCCAAAAUGAUGCCUAUUUGAACAACCCAAGCCUUAAUUUUGUGACUGAUAACCAGACUCUUACAAGCCAGCCAUCAUUCUCUUCCAUAGACAAACAGGUCUAUGCUUCUAUACCUGUCAAUAGCUUUCGAUCGGGAAUGAACUCUCCAUUAAGAACAACUCCAGACAAGUCUCAUUUUGGACUAAUGGUUGCUGAUUCCCAGCACUCUUUUCCCUUUUCAGGUGAUGAGGCAAAUCAUUCUUCCUCCUCCUCUACACAGGACUUCUUGGAUCAAGUGACUUCUCAGAAGAAAGCAGAGGCACAGCCUGUCCAUCAGGCUUAUCAAAUGAGCUCCUUUGAGCAGCCAUUCAGAGCUCAAUACCAUGGAGCAAGAGCUGGAAUAUCACCUCAGUUUAGCACUGCCAACGGACAGGUGAACCUGCGAGGGCCAGGGACAAGUGCUGAAUUCCCUGAAUUUCCCUUGGUGAAUGUAAAUGAUAAUAGAGCUGGGAUGACUUCUUCACCUGAUGCCACAACGGGCCAGACUUUUGGCUAAGAAAAUCUUUGUAAAUAAUAUUGGCACUUUAGAACAGAUCUGUCAAGAGUGGUGUUGCUCUGUAUAAGAUGGAGUGCUGUACAGCUUUUAAGAACGUUGUGUUAUAACAAAAGUAAGCUGAUAUAGCAAGAUCAAUAACUUCAUUUUUGGUUAGUCCACCAGUCAUUGAGCUGCCUUACAUGUUGUCUCCCCAUAAAAGGCAGUUUAUUACUCAUCUGUUCGAGACCAGAAACUUGCUCUUUUACAUACACUUAAAUUUAAAACAAAACAAAAAACCCCAGGUAAGGUUUCCUCCCAUAAUAGCUUCCUAUUUGGUUCAUUGUACGUUCUUGGGAGAACAGUAAUUGUCAUAUUGUCAUUUUCUAAGCUUGUCAGUGUAGUCAUUGCUCUUCAGUAGGGAACCUAAAUAUAGUAAACAGAAUAAACUAAAAGUUUAAAUGUCAAGCGAUUAUGGCUAAACCACAUUGGUGUAUUCUAUAGAAAUACCCUUUCUUCCCUCUUUCUUAAAAUGAAGUAUUUGCCAUAUGCCCUUUAUUUUUGCUUUGCAUUACACUGAGCUGUGUUUUGGAGGAAAAAAGUAAUAAUAAAUUCUGACAGACUAACUCCAUUAUUUAAAAGUCUAAUUAAUUUAAAAUACUUUAAAAACUUUUUUAGCAAAAUACAUGUCUGCUAAUGCAUUUACUUCAGUCCUGAAGUGUGUUGCAUAUUUCUUUGUACAGUUGAACCUAGACAUAAUUUUUUAUGAUUCUUUCACAUGCAGAUAUCAAGAUUUUGAAGUUUUAGUUAAAAUACUCUGUAGAUUACAUUCCCGAUUACAUAAAGCUUACACAAAUUGUGUAUUCCAAGAUUUUAAAGCUUAAUUGUACUUUACCCUGCAUAUUCACAGUGAUUAACAAAGAGCACUUAGAUUCUAUUUGAUAUUUUUUGAUUUCUCAAAGAAUAAAAACUAUUUUAGAUUUUUAGGUCUGAUAUGGCUGCAUCAUUAUCAUCUCAUACAACACUGAUUAAUAUUUUUAAUAUAAAAUGAGAUUGGAAUUUCUUAGCUUCUGUAAAAACUGGUUUAAUUUUCUCGAUCUAGAACUUGGACAAUUCAGAUAAUUAAACAUACUAAAGCAUCCCAAUAAGCUGAAGAAGUGGGCCUUCUAAUUGCAUAUCUUUUUAGCGAUUUCUUAAUGAACAAUGUUCAUUACAAUUUUACCAACCAAAACUGUUGACUAAUGCCAGUGAACAGAAUUUUUUUUCAGUAUAGAUGAAUGAUCAGAAGCUUUUGUUGCAUUUCACAGUAUAAAUAAACUGCAAACUUUAUCCCUGUACCAUGAAUAUGUUUUUUUAAUAGUACUUUGGCUUGAAGUAUACAGUAAGGUACGAUAAAUAGUUCUGUGUGCAUUUUUAAGGUGGUGAAAUUGGAAUAACAUAAAUGUGUUGUAUAGUUUAAGUUAACAAUUUAAAAUUUUUGAACUUUAUGUUCAUUCUUUUGCACCUUUCCCUAGAGGAUACACGGUCAGGUAGUUUAAGGCAGUUUAAACCUAAUAUUGUAGGUUGAUUAACCAUUAAGUGGGGAUACAGAUAAGGAUGCAUACAUCCCUUUACAGCACUGUAAACAUCUGACAUCUCUCAAAUGAAACCAUCAGCUCGGAGAGGAGGUUGAGCCCCAUCGUACUGAAGAACACCCUCCCCCGCCAGCAGACUCGAGAAGUGGGAGAGUGCAACUUACCCAUUCCCAAAAUACUAACCACAUAUUAUUGUUUUGCAUCAUCGUAGCUGCAGUAACUCCCUUGGGCCCAUUUUAGGAAGAAAGUUCAUCUGGAAUCCAUAGACUGCACCUCAAGUGGUCUGGGAGAUCGUUUACAUGAGCUUCCUGCAUAACUCAUUUGUAUACAGUAAGACCAGAUUCUUAUUGCCCUGUGAUGGCCUUAACUAUUCUUAGGAUUCAUUGGCCCAAUGUGCAGCUGUUUUAUGAUGCUGCAAGGGGUUAUAUACCCUACCACUUUCUUACAGUAACAGGUCUGAAGAUUUGGCCCUGAGUUAAGUAGAAAAAUAAACAUCAAGAGAGAAAAGCGAAAUCAUUGUACAAUAUUAGUGACACAUAAGGAAACAUCUUUAAAAGAAUAUUUUUAACCUGGUUGUGUCCCUUGAAUUUUUUCUACAUUAUUGUUUUAGUCUCCUGUCCUACUUGCAUAGACAUACACACGUGUAUGGCACCUAACUCACAACAAGAAACAGCCUAUCAUGAAGCAGAUAUCUCAUUUCCAUUAAAUAUUACUUCCGUCACAUCCUAGCUUUCACUGUCCCCUUAGAUCUACAUCGGCAUCUUUGGUUUAAUAUCCCACCAUUGCAAAUAUAUGUCCAUUUAGUUACCAUUGUUUUAAGAAAAUUCCCUUGGGGCUAGAUUAUUACAGCACUUAGUUGGACACACAGGGAAAUAAGAGGGAGUAAGGCCUACUCGGUCCUUGCCAGAUUGAUGACUGGCUAUGUUGGAGAGGGCAGGGGCUACUCUGCUGAUACUCUGUUGUGAGAAAGUGGCUGGGGGGGGGGGGGAGAAAACCUUGGCUCCACUCUCUCUGCACACUAGCCAGAAUAGUUAACUUUGUGUAUAGUGGUGAGUAAGGUGUUUCACACAAAGGGUGAAAUAACUUGCUUCUCCCCAGAGGAGGAAUUGUGGUUCUCUGAGUCACAGUUCAUUCUCUGGUGUGUUCCUGGGGUAUUAUAGCUGUGCUCUGUGACGUAGAGAUGUAAAGUCCCUACUCUGUCCCAUGGUGAUUAUUUUGUAGAUUUACUUUAUACAUAUAGAUAGAGACAGUACUAGUAGUUAAUCCGUGGAAACUUAGGCUUUUUCUACCUGGAGAAAUUUACCAGCAGAAUUCUUCCAAUAUGAUUUUGUUGCUGUAGUUAUACCAGUAUUGUUCUGCCAGUAAAUUUCCCUCUCUAAAUAAGCCUGUAUUUUUAACAAGUUCAUCAUUUAAAAAAAUAUUUUUCCCUUCAACAUGUUUUAUUGUUUUACAUCCUAACACACACACACACACACACAUGUACGUGCUUCCCCCCUUUUGAUCUGGCAGAUGUUUAUUCUCAUCUGGGCCCCCUAUGUAUUUGAAAGAACUAAAAAUGAAAAUGACUUUUUCUUCGCUACAUUGUUCAUGUACCAGCAUUAUUAAGCCAUUGGGAAUAGCAUUUAUAUCCCAGCAAGCCAACAGUAGAAGCUCUUACAUUAUUUUAGAAGUUGUGAAAGGUGUGGAUGUGUGCACGUGUAAGGUGGAAUCUUUUAUGGUUGUUUUUUCUGUGACAGAGUAAGGAUAAAUGAAAAACAUAUAUUUAGAAAAUUUAGGGCAUUUACUCCCAGACUAUAAUAAUUUUAAAUAGAUAGUAUUUUGGGCCUAAAUUACUUGACAGUGUCCCUUUGAGCACUAGUCCUUUGUUAUGUUUUACCACAAUUAUAACUAAUAAUGAAGGAGUUGGCUUGCAAUUAUAACUAAUAAUGAAGGAAUUGGCUUGCAAUGGUAUAUUAGUAAGCAUCUACAUUUUCUUGUACUGGUUUGAGAGUGAGUUAAUCAUAAAUGAUAAAGUUUGAAGAGGAGGAUAGAAUUGUGUACUACUAUACACUGGUCUUAUAAACAGUAAUAUGAAGAAUUUAAAUCAGACUUUAAAAUGAAAUUUUUCAUGGUCCUGUGUGUUUCCUGGUGUUGCCUAUGGGAAAAUUAUGGUGCAAGAAGAAAAUACAACAACCCCUAAAAUACUCAUGGUUGUUUAACAUUUUUAUUACUUUUUAUAUUUAUAUUGUAGGUUGUCAAUGUUUUGGAGAAAGGGAGCAGUUUAGUGAUAAAGGGGAAAUACAAUUAAAAUCUUUCUAAUUCACUGAUUGCUAAUUAAAGCACCCCCUAAUUCUUACACAUACAAUCUGCUUUCUCCCGACUCUGCAAAGUAUUAAUAGUAAAGUACUGUAGUGAAGUCUCACUUUAAUAAGUCUGUUACUUCAACCAAGUAUACUACAGAACAUUUAUUAGUAUUCUCUGAAGUAGUAUAACGGAAACUAACUACAGUUGUCGCAAUAAAUGAACGAAGUACAUUUUGUGAUGUGAUAGUCUUGCCUUUGUUUGCUUGCUUACUUGCUACUUCUCAAAAUUCAGUCAUUUGUAAUGGUUUUCCAAGUCAUUACCGUGCAUUAAUGGGGUUCUACUGUGGCUUUUUCAAAAAUGUUUGGUUUUUCCCUCUGAAAAUCUGGAUAUAAACAAUAUAUUCUGUGCUUGUUUUGAUUAUUUUUAAGUUAGCCUCAUGUGCAGCAAAAAGUUGAAAAUGACCCAAAUAAUCUACUUUGAAUUUUGCAGUAUUGCAUUAUUCUGUGUAUGUAAAUUUGCAAACUGAAUUUUCUUGUUAGUUUUUUUUUUUUUAAAUUAACUUCAUUACAAAUUGCAGGGAAAUUCCUAAUAUUCCUGGAAUACAUUUGGAAACUUUAGCAGGGAGACAUAUGCUUGUGCUAUGGUUACUUGAGCUGGUACCAAUACACAUGAGGACUUUCAAAUUAUGUGGUUAAUACUGAGGCAAAAUAAUAAUUUUAUGCUUUAUUAGUGUUAAAAGUUCUACUAAAUGGAAGCCUUGUAAUUUUGAAAGUUCAUUCAUUUUAUGUUGGUGCAUGUUUAUGUUAAGCAUGUAACACAUUAAACUAGAAUUCACUUUUUCAAAGAACUUGUAUUAAGAAAGUAUUACUGUUAAUGAAAAACACCUUUAAGUUUAAAUUUGAACUUUUGUUCAGUUUUAAAUUGCUUUAAGUCAGGGAAAUAAAUUUUAUAGUUGCUUUUGUCUCUGCAUAUAAAAACCUUAUGUUUCCUUUUAAAAACUAUUUCUUUUCUUAGGAUACACAAAUUGAGGCGAGCAAACAUUUCUAAGAGUUGUUUCUUGCUUUCCUUAAUCCAAUGGAUGGAAAGGUAAAAUUGUGUAAACGACAUUAUUUUAUUUUUUUAUGCAAUAUCUUGCUGUAAAUAUGAUUUAUCAAAUAAGGAUGUACCUAUGAUUGAAUCUUUGAUCUGCACAGUUAGAGUUUAUAUAUAAAUAUAAAUGUGUCUUGACAAUCAAGGACUUAUGUCAGUCUUCCUUUAUGAUGUUUAUUAUUGUUAUGCAUUCCAUUUGUUUGAAUUGAGUACCAGUGUGGAAAUCUGUAUUGUCUGUAAAGUAUGUAAUGUUUUUAUAGCUUGUUUUAAAAAAAAACAACACAAAAAUGCUGUAAAUAUAUACAAACUGAUCACAGUACUGCUUUAUGUUAGAAGGCAUAUGAUGUUGUACUGUAUGUAAGCAAUAAUACAUGACAGUGCUAACUUUACAAGUAGCAUAAGGAUAGUUCCAAAAAUAGUUUUGGAGUUAAAUAGCCUUGUUUGAGUUAAUCAAUAUUCUUAAUCAUUUUUUAUAAAUAAAUUCAACUGUCCUCCUG